CUUGUCAUUUUCUUGUCAAACUUGGUCCGUAGUGCGAAAGCCAUCUCGCCACGCAUUUCGGCAAAUAAUUUAUACGAAAUGGCAGAAUCAGCGACGGAGAACCUUAUAAACAUUGAAGAAGCAGUUAAGGAAACCGUAAAAAAUGCUACAGACAAGCCACCGACGAGUAUUGAAGGUAUUGCGAUUGCAUACCUGAGUUUAGUGAUUAUGGCUGUGUUGCCGAUAUUCUUCGGGGCUUUCCGAUCUGUAAAAUACCUGAAGGAGCAAAAGGAAUCGGGCGAGCGAACUGAGACGAUGUCAAACAAGGAUGCGCUGAUGUUCCCCCUGAUCGCGUCGGCGGCGCUCUUCGGGCUGUACAUCUUCUUCCAAUUCUUCUCUAAGGAGUACAUCAACCUGCUGCUCACUGGAUACUUCUUCUUCCUAGGAGUUCUUGCCUUGAGCCAUCUUCUUAGCCCGAUAAUCUCGUUCAUGGUGCCGGCGUGCAUCCCGAACGUGUCGUACCACAUCCACUUCACGCGCGGCGAGGACGACACGCGCUCCGACAUCGUCAACUACAAGUUCACGUCGUACGACAUCAUCUGUAUAUUCAUCUCUCUGGCCAUGGGAGGCUGGUACAUACUUAAGAAGCACUGGAUCGCGAACAACCUGUUCGGCAUCGCGUUCGCGGUGAACGGAGUGGAGCUGCUACACCUGAACAACGUGGUCACCGGCUGCAUCCUGCUCUGUGGACUGUUCAUCUACGACAUCUUCUGGGUCUUCGGCACCAACGUCAUGGUCACCGUCGCCAAGUCCUUCGAAGCUCCCAUCAAACUGGUAUUCCCGCAAGACCUGCUGGUCAACGGUCUGGACGCGAGUAACUUCGCAAUGCUGGGUCUGGGCGACAUCGUGGUGCCUGGCAUCUUCAUCGCGCUCCUGCUGCGCUUCGACAAGAGCCUCAAGCGAAACAGCGAGUUCUACUUCAGGGCGACGUUCACGGCGUACGUGGUGGGUCUGCUGGCGACGAUCCUGGUGAUGCACGUGUUCAAGCACGCGCAGCCCGCGCUGCUGUACCUCGUGCCCGCCUGCCUCGCCACGCCGCUCUGUCUCGCGCUGCUAAGGGGCGACAUCAACGCGCUCUUCAACUACGAAGACCAACCGGCGAUAAUACCGGCCGGCGAAGACACGAGCAAGUCAAAAAAGACUGAAUAGACACCGAGAAGGCCACGUCCAGAGCACAAACAACAAGCACACCGGUACCGUUUAAGUACAUUCAUAUUUGUCACGCGACUAUGGCGGGCCAUGGCGUGACGUCACCCCCACUCGUGAUCAGGUUUGACGUCAGAACCGUUUACAGACCGCGCGGUACUCGGCUGUGCCGUACCGGCGCUUGUUUGUUCUAUAUCUCGUGUUGUGUCUAUCCGCUAUUGUAAGUAGGUAUUGCCCGUUAUGUUCGCGGUCAUAACCACCUUCUCUGAUGUUAGCCAUGUCAAUUUUAUCUUUAUUUCCUAAGCAUUAGGUUUUCAAUCGUUACAAUAACACUGUCACUCCAUUUGUAACUUUAUACAUGUUGUCAACUAUUGGUGUACUUUCAUACGGCGCGGUCUAUAAACGGUCCUGCAUCACGUGAUGUCCUGUAUAUGUACGUAAAUGUUGCUAUUGUAAAAAUAAAUAAAUGAAAGGGUAAUUUAAUUAGACUUCCGUCGUAUCUUCCAUUGGUAUAUCUAAAAGUUUUCAACAUUAAUGUAUAAUAUAUUCAGACGAUGAUGUCAGGUAGAUAAAUGUGAAACUAGUAAUAAUAUUUAUACUUACGCGUCACAAAUAUUCGUGAAAAUUGUAUGUGUUAGGUGUAUGAAGAAUAGUUAACUUUCUUACAAACGUACAGCAUUUAUUUACGUACAAAGCAUUCAGGUUUGAUUGGAUAAAUAAUGUGUAGAACAAAUACAAUGUCGUGGAGAGAGCAUGGCGCGAUGUACUGUGUAGUCGGGGACGGGCCCUAGUUAGGUAUCGAUUGUAAGAACUGCGAACAUUCCAACUGCCGCCUGAUCUCAUCGUCCGGACACGCUGUUACAAACUACCUGAUCUGUGUAAUAUACAAUUUGUUGAAAUUAUAGCAACACUGCGACUAAAUUAAUUUCUAUAUUUUUAUGUUGAAUAAAAUAAUUUUUAUACUAUAUUUCGUUAAGGUAUUUUUUUAUGAAAAAAAAUCAUUUUAUAUGUUAUUGUUUUCUUUCAAAGUUAAUAAUAAGUUUAUAUAUUGAUAACAUCCAUACCAUUUUUAGCUGUUUCAAAAGUUACCGACGUAAAGUAUUCGCUGGUGGGAUUCCAUUUUUUUUUCUAAACAUAGUUAUGUUAAGUACAAUAAAUAUUAUGAUAUAUACGUGGUUUGAUCCUAUUUUCACUUUAGCCAUUUUGAUCACAUAUUUGGGAAAUUUGCGAGACGUCGAGUCUGUUGGUGACCGAAUUUCUGGAAUAUGAGUACAAACUGUUUGUACUUUACAUUGAGACUUUCCUUUGGCUUCCUAAACAAUGACUUCUGUAGGAAUAACAAUAUUGCGCACUAUGUACUAUUUACAUAGUAUGUAUAGUAUCGUAGGGAGGGCGAGGACCCAGCAAACAUUACACCAGCCUCAAAGGCUGCUUAACUAAUAACCUUUUUAUACCUGUAGGCCGGAGGGGUAGACAGCAAUGUUUAAUUUAUUAGAGUACCUAUUUAAUAUAUCGGUAGCUAUUGUGUACCCACAUUUUACUACAUACCAGGUUGUAAUGACGUAAAUUUUAUUGUAUCUUACGACCGAAGGAGUUUUUACAAAUAUAACCUUUAUGAAUAGUAGCACUAGUUCUAAUAUUCAACGUCGCACUACCCCUGGAAGUUACAAUUUACAUUAACUUUGUUUACGGAGGUAACAUGUAUAGUUAGACAUUUUGAAUGUAUCAUUGUGUUUGAUGGUAUUGUGGAGCGCUGAGCUGUUUAUUAAAAUGAUCAGAUCAGUCGA